AGCGGGGGCCGAGCGCCUCGUGCCAGCCGCCAGCGUCUCGCCCGCCCGCCCGCACCCCGCUCCCCCAGAACAGUCUCUCCCUUGUGCAGCUCGCCGGGUUACGAUCCUCCGAUCGGCCACGUCCAAGUGGUUUUCUGCAAAAGCAGGCAACGGUGCUCCGACGCAGAGAGGAGGCGCUGGGGAGGCAGAAGCUGGGGCUCUUUGCGCUGGAGGCCGGGGGGCCAGGCUUCGCGGGUUCCUGGGCUGCGUCCGCUCCCGGAUGAGGAGCGCCCGGGCCAGGAAAGCGCCUGGAUGAUGGAGCAGACGUGGGUAAGAAACUACUUUGCAGAAGAUGGUGGGGAGAUGGUAUCCAGAACAAGGAAUACAGCAGCUUUUCUUAGUGACACUAAAGAUCGAGGCCCUCCAGUGCAGCUGCAGACCUGGAGAAGUGGGGAGAGGGUCACCUUUGGACAGACACAUUCACUGAACGCAUUUGAGAGGCCCCCUCAGGUUCAGACCCAGGCCCUUCGAGACUUUGAGAAGCACCUCAAUGACCUGAAGAAGGAGAACUUCAGCCUCAAGCUGCGCAUCUACUUCCUGGAGGAGCGCAUGCAGCAGAAGUAUGAGGCCAGCAGGGAGGACGUCUACAAGAGGAACAUCGAGCUGAAGGUUGAAGUGGAGAGCCUGAAACGAGAACUUCAGGACAAGAGACAGCAUCUGGAUAAAACAUGGGCUGAUGUGGAGAAUCUCAACAGCCACAAUGAAGCUGAGCUCUGGCACCAGAAUGAGGAGCGACAGCAGGAGACAAAGCAUGUCUAUGAGCUUUUGGAGAACAAGAUCCAGCUCCUGCAGGAGGAAUCCAGGCUAGCAAAGAAUGAAGCCGCACGGAUGGCAGCUCUGGUGGAAGCAGAGAAAGAGUGUAACCUGGAGCUCUCAGUGAAGCUGAAGGACAUCACCAAGGACAGGGAUGAGGUACCAGGAGAGCAGAUGGAGCCUGGAUACAUUGAGUCCCUAGCCCAGAGGGACAAGAGAAUAGAAGAACUGAAACAGAGCCUGGUUGCCCACGAGAGGCUGGUGGAACAGCUAUCUCAAGAGAAGCAGCAACUGCUGCAUCUGCUGGAGGAGCCAGCUAGUAUGGAAGUGCAGCACAUGCCUGAAGAAUUACUCAAACAACAAAAGCUGAAUUCGAAUGAGACUACUAUAACUCAGCAAUCUGUAUCUGACUCCCACUUGGCAGAACUCCAGGAAAAAAUCCAGCAAACAGAAGCUACCAACAAGAUUCUUCAAGAGAAACUGAAUGAAAUGAGCUGUGAACUAAAAUCUGCUCAGGAGUCAUCUCAGAAACAAGAUGGUACAAUUCAAAGCCUUAAGGAAACUUUGAAAAGCAGAGAAAGUGAGACCGAGGAGUUGUACCAGGUGAUUGAAGGUCAAAAUGAUACAAUGGCAAAGCUUCGUGAAAUGCUGCACCAGAGCCAGCUCGGACAACUUCAUAGCCCAGAGGGCAUUUCCCCAGCUCAUCAGCAGGUGGCUCUGCUUGAUCUUCAAAGUGCUUUAUUCUGCAGCCAGCUUGAAAUACAGAAGCUUCAGAGGGUGGUACGACAGAAAGAACGCCAGCUGGCUGAUGCCAAGCGAUGUGUGCAAUUUGUGGAGGCUGCUGCACACGACAGAGAACAGCAGAAAGAGGCUUCUUGGAAACAUAACCAGGAAUUGCGAAAAGCUUUGCAGCAGCUACAAGGAGAAUUGCAGAAUAAGAGCCAACAGCUUCAUGCCUUGGAGGCUGAAAAAUACCAUGAGAUUCGAACCCAGGAGCAAAGCAUUCAACACCUAAGCCAUAGUCUGAGUCACAAAGAACAGCUGCUUCAGGAAUAUCAGGAGCUCCUACAGUAUCGCAAUAACUCAGACAAAACCCUUGAAGCAAAUGAAAUGUUGCUUGAGAAGCUUCGGCAACGAAUACAAGAUAGAGCUGUUGCUCUAGAGCGGGCUAUAGAUGAAAAGUUCUCUGCUCUUGAAGAAAAAGACAAAGAACUGCGUCAGCUUCAUCUUGCCAUGAGAGAGCGAGAUCAUGACUUAGAGAGACUGCGUGGGGUCCUCUCCUCCAGUGAAGCUACCAUGCAGAGUAUGGAAAGUCUCCUGAGAGCCAAGAGCCUGGAAGUGGAACAGUUAACUGCCACCUGUCAAAACCUCCAGUGGCUGAAAGAAGAGUUGGAAACGAAAUUUAGCCAUUGGCAGAAGGAACAAGAGAGUAUCAUUCAGCAGUUACAGACAUCUCUUCAUGAUAGGAACAAAGAAGUGGAGGAUCUUAGUGCAACAUUGCUCUGCAAACUUGGACCAGGGCAGAGUGAAAUAGCUGAAGAGCUGUGCCAACGUCUACAGCGGAAGGAAAGAAUGCUGCAAGACCUUCUGAGUGAUCGAAACAAGCAAGCUGUGGAACAUGAAAUGGAAAUUCAGGGCUUGCUUCAGUCCAUGAGAACCAGGGAACAGGAGAGCCAAGCUGCUACAGAGAAGAUGGCACAAGCCCUAAUGGAAAGAAAUUCAGAAUUACAGGCUUUGCGCCAGUAUUUAGGAGGGAAAGACUUAAUGUCCAAAGCACUCAUCUCUAACCAACAAGCUGAAGUUACUUCCAUCAGCCCACAUAUUGGAGAGCAGACUGAUCAAGGUUCAAUGCAAAUACCCUCCAGAGAUGAUAGCACCUCAUUAACUGCUAAAGAGGAUGCAAGCAUACCCAGGUCCACACUAGGAGACUUGGACAUAGUAACAGGGCUGGAGAAAGAACUGAGCAAUGUCAAAGAGGAACUCGAACUCAUGGCUAAAAAAGAAAGAGAAAGUCAGAUGGAACUUUCUGCUCUACAGUCAAUGAUGGCUGUGCAAGAAGAGGAGCUGCAGGUGCAGGCUGCUGAUCUAGAGUCCCUGACCAGAAACCUACAGAUAAAAGAAGACCUUAUAAAGGACCUUCAAAUGCAACUGGUUGACCCUGAAGACAUACCAGCUAUUGAACGCCUGACCCAAGAAGUCUUAAUUCUCCGGGAAAAAGUUGCUUCAGUAGAAUCCCAGGGUCAAGAAAUUUCUGGAAACCGAAGACAACAGUUGAUGCUGAUGUUAGAAGGGCUUGUGGAUGAACGGAGUCGGCUUAAUGAGGCCUUACAAGCCGAGAGACAGCUCUACAGCAGUCUGGUGAAGUUCCAUGCCCAUCCAGAGAACUCUGAGAGAGACCGAACUCUGCAGGUGGAACUGGAAGGAGCCCAGGUGUUACGCAGUCGACUAGAAGAAGUUCUUGGAAGAAGCCUGGAGCGACUAAGUAGGCUGGAGACCCUGGCUGCCAUUGGAGGUGCAGCUGCAGGGGAUGACACCGAAGAUGCAAGCACUGAGUUCACUGACAGUAUUGAGGAAGAGGCUGCACAUAACAGCCACCAGCAACUCAUCAAGGUGGCUUUGGAGAAAAGCCUGGCAACUGUGGAGACUCAGAACAUAUCUCUUCCUCCUCUUUCCCCGGUAGGAGGGGACAGCAAUAGGUGUCUUCAGGAGGAAAUGCUCCACCUGAGGGCUGAGAUCCAUCAGCACUUAGAGGAGAAGAGAAAGGCUGAGGGGGAACUCAAGGAGCUAAAGGCUCAAAUUGAGGAAGCAGGAUUCUCCUCUGUGUCACACAUCAGGAACACCAUGCUGAGCCUUUGUCUUGAGAAUGCAGAACUGAAAGAGCAGAUGGGAGAAGCAAUGUCUGAUGGAUGGGAGAUUGAGGAAGACAAGGAGAAGGGCGAGGUUAUGGUGGAGACUGUGGUUGCCAAAGGGUGUCUGAAUGAGAGUGGCCUUCAAGCUGAGUUCAGAAAACUCCAGGGAAAACUGAAGAGUGCUCACAACAUCAUCACCCUCCUCAAAGAGCAGCUGGUAGUGAGCAGCAAGGAAGAGAAUAGCAAACUUACUCCAGAGCUCCUUGUGCACCUGGCCAGGGAGAUCGACAGAAUGAACACAGGUCUGGGUUGUUCUUCUGGGAAACACCAACACCAAGAAGAGGAAACCAUGAGACCUUGCCCCAGACCCCAGAGCCUUGACCUUGGGGUGGGCCUCACAGUGGAUACACACAAACUGGAUAACCAAUCGCAGGACCCUGGGCCUCAGUCAGAAUUGAGCCUUCUGGGGUCUACCAAGCACCUGCGCUACCAGCUGGCUCAAUGCAGACAGCACUAUCAAGAUCUCCAGGAGAAGCUGCUGAUCUCAGAAGCCACUGUUUUUGCCCAGGCAAACCAGCUGGAGAAAUACAGAGCCAUAUUUAGUGAAUCCCUGGUGAAGCAGGACAGCAAGCAGGUCCAGGUGGACCUCCAGGACCUGGGCUAUGAGACUUGUGGCCGAAGUGAGAAUGAAGCUGAGCGUGAAGAGACCACCAGCCCUGAAUGUGAAGAACAUGACAGCCUCAGGGCCACAACACAGAUGUGCUCUGAGCAGGGGCACCUGGUCAACCCUUCUGGGAAGAAGCCUUUGGAGAGCAAACUAGGGAAGCAGGAAGAGUCCCAGGCAUAUGGAAAGUCAGAAAAUAUCUCUGUCCUACGAAAGGACAUCAAGGAUCUGAAAGCCCAGUUGCAGAAUGCCAACAAGGUUAUUCAGAACCUCAAGAGCCGUGUCCGAUCCCUCUCAGCUACAAGUGAUUAUUCAUCGAGCCUGGAAAGACCUCGGAAGCUGAGAGCUGUUGACACCCUUGAGGGGUCUUCACCUCACAGUGUCACUGACGAGGAUGAGGGGUGGCUGUCAGAUGGCACUGGGGCUUUCUAUCCCCCAGGGUUUCAGGCUAAAAAGGAUCUGGAGAGUCUCAUCCAGAGAGUAUCCCAGCUGGAGGCCCAGCUCCCAAAAACCGGACUAGAAGGGAAGCUGGCUGAGGAAUUGAGAUCAGCCUCGUGGCCUGGGAAAUAUGAUUCCCUGAUUCAGGAUCAGGCCCGAGAACUAUCCUACCUACGACAAAAAGUACGAGAAGGGAGAGGGAUUUGUUACCUUCUCACCCAGCAUGCAAAAGAUACAGUAAAAUAUUUUGAGGACCUUCUGAGGAGCAAUGACAUUGACUACUAUCUGGGCCAGAGCUUCCGGGAACAACUUGCUCAAGGAAGUCAGCUGACUGAGAGGCUCACCAGCAAACUCAGCACCAAGGAUCAUAAGAGUGAGAAAGAACAAGCUAGACUUGAGCCACUGGCCCUCAGGCUCAGCAGGGAACUUCAGGAAAAGGAGAAAGUGAUUGAAGUCCUGCAGGCCAAGCUGGACUCCCGGUCUCUCUCGCCCCCCAGUAGCCAUGCCUUGUCCGAGUCUCAUCGCUCUGCCAGCAGCACCUCUUUUUUGUCUGAUGAGCUGGAUGCCUGUUCAGACAUGGACAUAGCCAGCGAAUACACACACUAUGAAGAAAAGAAAGCUUCACCUGGUCACUCAGAUUCCAUCCAUCAUUCAAGUCAUUUGGCUGCAUUUUCUUCUAAACCAUCAGCCACCAAUGCAUCUCAGGGGACUAAGGCCGAAUCCAGCAGCAACCCCAUCAGCUUGCCAGCUCCCCAGAAACCCCUCAAGGAGGCCAGCCAAGCCCUUCCAGGCUUUCAUUUUAACUCCACACCCAAGCUGGUUAGCCUCCCCCAGGCACCGUUGCCCUCAGCUCCAUCCAGCUUCCUGCCUUUCAGAUCUCCUGGUCCUCCCUUCCUUGGCUGCUGUGAGACACCUGUGGUGUCCUUGGCCGAGGCACACCAGGAAUUGCAGAUGCUGCAGAAGCAGUUGGGAGAAAGUGUUGGCACUGUUCCUCCUGCUUGCACAGCUGCAUUGCCAAGCAGUCAUUCAAAAGUCAACUCUUCCCACUACCUCCACCCAGCCCAGUCCCACUCUCCUAUGCUGGGCACAAUAGACUUGGGAAGAAUCCUGGAGCCUGGGGGCCUGGGUAGCAGUGGCCAAUGGGACAUGAUGAGGCCUCAGAAAGGGAGCAUGUCUGGGGAUCUGUCCUCAGGUUCAUCAGUAUACCAGCUUACCUCCAAACCCACAGGGGCUGACCUGCUGGAAGAGCACCUUGGUGAAAUCCGAAAUCUGCGCCAGCGCCUGGAGGAGUCCAUCUGUGUCAAUGACCGGUUAAGAGAGCAGCUGCAACACCGUCUCAGCUCCACUGCCCACGGAAGUGGAUCCAGCUCUCACUUCUGCGGUCAGGGCCUGGAGUCCAUGCCUCAGCUCUACAAUGAGAACAGAGUCCUCAAGGAAGAAAACCAGACCCUUCAGGCUCAGCUGAAUCACAUUUCCAGAGGACACUCCCAGGAAACCGAAUGCCUGAGGGAGGCUCUGCUCUCCUCUCAAUCCCACCUUCAAGAGCUGGAGAAGGAGCUAGAGCAGCAGAAAGUGACUCAGCAGCAGCUGUUGGGAGACUUGCAGGAGAAGCAGCAGGAGAUCUUGCAUUUCAGGGAGGAGCGUCUGUCUCUCCAGGAGAAUGACUCCAGGCUGCAGCAGAAGCUAGCCCUCCUGCAGCAACAGUGUGAAGAGAAACAACAGCUCUUCAAGUCCCUGCAGUCGGAGCUACAGAUCUACGAGGCACUGCAUGGAAAUCCUAAGCAGGGCCUGAAAGCUUUCAGCCUGGAUGCCUGUCACCAAGUCCCUUUGAGCAGUGACUUGAGUCACCUGGUAGCAGAGAUUCGAGCUCUAAGAGGGCAGCUGGAACAGAGCAUUCAGGUGAACAACUGUCUGCGGCUGCAGCUGGAGCACCAGUUGGAUGGUGGUGUUGUCAAAGGUAGCCUCAAUCCUUCUUCCAUCAGCCAGAACUUCCCAGCUAACAUUGACCCUGGAAACACACAAUCAUUCUUCCAAGCUGCUUCCCCUCCCGUCCGGGAUGUUGGCAUGAGUGCCCCGGCUCUGGUCCUCACUAGCUCCUCUUGUCCUGCUCCUGCCUCAGACUCUGCCAUUGUCGCCAGGACAAAUGAGCUGACAAAGAACUCUCCCACGCUGGAGGGUGAUGCUACAGAUGGCUCCUUUGCAAACAAGCAUGGCCGCCAUGUCAUUGGCCACGUUGAUGACUACUGUGCUCUAAGACAGCAGAUUGGAGAGGGCAAACUGCUGGUCCAAAAGAUUCUGUCUCUCAUAAUACCAGCAUGCAACUUCCCUGGCCACAAAGCUCAGUGCACAGAGGUGCUGGGCAGCACAGGUGUCCAUGAGCUGCGGAGCAGUGCCACUGACCUGAACCACACCCUAGAGGAGUCAGCAUCCCUCCUCACCAUGUUCUGGCGAGCAGCCUUGCCAAGCUCCCGAGGUCCUGCACUACUGGGAAAAGCAGGAGAGUCAAUGGAAAGGGAACUCCAGGAACUGCGAGCCCAAGUAUCCAAACAGGAAAGGGCCCUUCAGAACACAGCUGAGCGCCUGAAGACUGCCAACCAGCAGAAGGAGAGCAUGGAGCAAUUCAUUGUCAGCCAGCUGACCAGGACCCAUGAUGUAUUGAAGAAGGCAAGGACUAAUUUGGAGCACAACACUCACCAGAUUGCCUCUGUGCAGCCUUAUUCCUGUCCCCGCAAAGGUGAAAUCCUUAAGGGCUCUGCUGUGCACUCCAGCCUUGUGACCCUUGCCUUCCAGGAGCCACACAAGAAACGAAGCCAGAAGUCCUUAAAACAACAGAAAGGCUGGGCCUGCCCACCUCUUGCACAGCUCCCUAUCUGCUGAGGAGCAUCUGGCCCACCCCUCCAAAGUGCUGGAGGUCCAGAAGAAGGGAUUAGAGAUGUGUCCUGGUGGGUCAGGCAGAAAGGCAGGAUGACUUCCUGCCAGUGAUGGAAUACUAUUAGCCAACAUUCACUUGGCCUAGGACUAAGCAAAACACAUGUGGAUUGCGUAGAAAACCUUGUGACACUGCUUUAAACAGCCUCUGUGGCUUGGCACCUGCCAAAGCCCAUUUUUCACCUCAGCAGCUGUCCUUAAAUGGUCAACUCAGGGGAAAUAGGGCCCUGCCUUCUAUGAGUGGGCAUGUGGUCCCCAUGCUGAAGCUCCUUGGGCACUUGUAGAAGCACACUACUGCACUACUGAGCAGCAUUUCCCUGCUGGACAGUGUCAGGGGCUCAGCGAGCAGCACUCACAGAUCUCCACCUGACCCAAGCCAGCCCCAUGUGUUGCAUGUGGUGACUUGCUGAUGCCCUCUCAUGCUUAGCCUAGCAGAUUCUGUUUCUUUUCUUAUGCAAUGUCCAAAUUGCACUGACCCUUCUCCCCAAAUACACUGUGCCAUUUUGUCAUCCUUACUUCCCUCAGGGAAACUGGGGAUUGAUGGCCAGACCACGCUUACUGAAAGUCUAGCAUACAGCAGUUCUGUGCUCACGUUUCAGUGAUGUGGCAUGGUCCAGGGGUGUACUGCAGCUUGGUCUGUCUUCACAGUGCUUAUAGGAAGUGGGAAUUUGUGUAUAAAAUGUAUGAUACAGAUUUAUAUAUGAUGCUGUAACCUUAUGUUGAAGGCCAACUUGUGGACAGGGUGGGUGAAAGGAAACAAAAGUCUGUUUGGUGGCUAUUAAAACAAAAUGUAUAUAAAGAAAUCAUUUUUCCUUGUCUGCUUUGUUUCCCAUUUCUGUACCA